GUCUGAGAUAUAACAUGGGAUCACAGCAACCCAAAAAAGUAAGUUGCCUCUUUUGAAAGGUUUUUAGGGAAGCUGCAUAAUCUGAAUCGGAUCUGAAUUGCAGGGUGGUGGGAGAUGUGCGCGAUGGCCUUAGAGACGAGAGAAUGAUUGGAGGAAGAGAGAUUGAAGAAGGCAGGAGGCGUCACAAUUCCCCAGAAUACAGAUGUUCUUAUUAAAUUCUCUCGAUUUGUUAGGCCAGUGAAAUGCAGCUUUGUUGGUAGCUUGUUAGGAUGGAUAAAUCUGAUGCACUUUGCCUGGGAACAUUUUGCAUAUCCACAUUAUGUAUCAAACUGAACUAAUAAAAACCCACUUUUAAUUCCUUUAGAAUUGCCGGCAUGAAAAACCUUGGUGAAAUUGCUCCAUCUAGUGGCUCUUGGUUAUUUGCAACGGCAUGAGCUGUCCUGUAAAAACCCCUUUGACAUUUAUGGGAGCGUUGCGCAGAUUUUACCGGCACAAGGAGAAAUUCAGUCGCAGAUAUCUGCUGAUCAUGACAUGCUAGCGGUGGGUUUAUAAGCAGAGUCAUGAUAUAUUGCAAACCUGAAUGAUCCUGAACUCUGCAUAAUGACCAGCUUAUGGUGUCAGUAGGUGUCAAUUUGGUUAAAAGCCCGUCUGCACAGAUGGCUCACAUCUUUCUAGAGCAAUAAACUGGAAAUGCAUGGGAGCCCUGGCAGAGUGAGCGAUUCAAGAAAAAUCAAAUGAAAUGAGGCACAGGAGAGGGGCCAGACUGCACAUGUAAACCUGCAAUCCUAUGCCCCAACCCUUGCCAACCUCCAGAUGUUUUGACUAUGACUGCCAUCAACCUGACAGCUGCUGUACACACAUAUAACCCCAUUACUGCUGUGUUGUCCACGUUUAUUAAAUACCCACAGACCUUCAAGUUCCAUAAAACAACUGAGUCCAUACAACUGAAGGGGAAAGAAUCUUUCAAAAAUACAAGAAAACCACACUGCAAUUGCAACCCUGAAGGGGAAGGAGAACCACCAAGGGGAGCUGAGCCUGUUUUCAGAGCCCUGCUGGGUCUUGUUGGCAAGGUGGGCAGGAGGGCAGAGGUCCUCCAUCCAUUUACACUCCCCUGCUCAACCUACUGUCAAAAUUGUAAACCAUUUGCCUUGGAUUAUUUAAUUGUGGCUCCUCCAUUGCAGGGGGUUGCACUAGAUGUCCUUUGGGAUCCCUUCCAACUCGACGAUUAUAUGAUUCCGUGAAUGAUCAAGAGCCAAAUAAAUCUGAAUUUCUCGUCUCUGUAAAAAUUGCACAGUGGUUAACACAUGUAGUAGUUUCGAACUCUUCACUGUGCACACGAACAAGCACAGUUCUCGUAUGCAAUGCUAUUCAAUCUUUCUUCCAAAAUUGCUGAGGAGGGUAAGCCCAAUAGAACUCGGCUGGUCUUAGUAGGCAUGUCUAGGAUUUCAGAAGGCAAUAGCUCAGCCUAGUGGUCCCGCUUUCACCCUCAUCCCACAGUGAAGGUAUCUGGGCAACUUUGAAUAUCUGAGUCAUGGUCUAGAGCUCCACAUAUGCAAAGGCUUCCCAUUUUGUUUCACAAGAGGUAUAUUCUCCACGCACAAAGUCACUUCCCACUGAGCUGAGUGCAGCCCUCCUUAUUGAACAGAAUGGAUGGCAGCAGGCACAUCUGGUAAGAGCAGGCAUAGGCAAACUCGGCCCUCCAGAUGUUUUGGGACUACAACUCCCAUCAUCCCUAGCUAACGGGGAUGAUGGGAGUUGUAGUCCCAAAACAUCUGGAGGGCCGAGUUUGCCUAUGCCUGGGUAAGAGCCACCAAAUCAUGGUGAGGUUUCUCUAGUCUUACUGAAGGUGCUUCAUCCAAGCAGGAAACCCCAAAUUAACCUUAUAAUUAGAAAUAAAUAGGAGCAGCAACAUAUCAUCCAGCCAGGCUUUCCCAGUACUUGCUUGUGUUUGGGAGGGGAUAUCCUUUAGCCUGCAUCUUCAAGGUGAGGCUGUCCUGAAUGCUGCCUGUGGGGUGCUGAAGUGCUCUGGAGGACAGAACUUGGGGUUUUUUGCAAGCAGAGCAGUGGGUGUUGUUGUUUUUUAUCUACAAGUUAAAGGAAGCUUUUCAGCUGAUUUUUUUGUAUUUAAAAAAUCCGCUGCUACUCGGCUUGAACAAAGUAAAAAAAUUUAAAUUACCAAGAGCUCCUUGAUGGUCCACCAGGAACAUUUAGACAGGCUCACUUCUCACAAAGCCCAUGGACCUAGAGUAGAGAAACACAGAGACACAGAAAAACAUAGAAAUCUAGUGUACAAAACAGUAAAAAGUAUGGAAAAACAGAGUGAGAGGCUUGGGAGGGGGGGUGCUCAUUUGACUCAGAGUGCUUCAUUGACAUUGCUGUUUGACAUAGAUAGGAAUGAAAUUACCCCAUUCACCUCAUCAUUCAGCCCCAAUACAAAGUGGUUCUACACUGCUAGUACAGUAUUUACUGUAUUUUUCCGUGUAUUAGAUGAGGGUUUUUUACUCAAAAAUCAUGUCAAAAAACUGGGGUCGUCCUAUACACGGAUAGUGCUAUAGGGAGCAAGCUGUGGGAGGCCCACGCUCUAGGGAGCUUGCUGCCCGCAGUGGCGUGGGGGGAGCGGCUGCCCACUUUGCCAACCCCCAGCAACGACCCUGCUGGGGUGAUGGCACACGUGCAAUUCCCCCUGAAAAAAAGCUCAACAACUUUGGGCCAUCUCCCCUCAUUUUCUUUAAAUUUAGUCCCCCGAAAUAGGUGGUGUCUUAUACAUGGGGGCAUCAUAUACACAGAAAAGUAUGGUAUUUCCACUUCAGCACUGAAUCAGUGUCAAAGCAUACUUUGGGAUACAAUUGUGAGCAGGUGGUACCCACUAGAGGAAAACCUUUUGCGGUCACACACACAAACUUACUUAUUUAUUGAAUUUCUAUACUGCCUUCAUCUGAGGAUCACAGGGCAGUUUAUAGUAUAAAACCGGGGGGGGGGGGGGAGAACCUAACAUAGUAAGAAACAAAAUUUUAAAAACCCACAAAGAUGUUUCCUAGCUGGGUCUUUCUGGUUUGCCCCUAGAAGUGAUGCUCAAGUUAAGAAGAAUACAUUCAAAAGCAGAAAGGUGAAAAAUAAUUACUGCAGCGCCAAAGCUGCGUGCAAGACAAUGCAUUUCCUUCCAUAGUUAAGCUGAACUAAAAUGGUACAAAUAGCAUGAGCCAUUAAACACUGCAAGCUGUCCGUGGUGAUGAAUGCUCUCUCAUUUAGUAAUUUCUUGGGCCUUUUCUUCCAUUAGGACUGCACAUCCAGCAACAAUCAGGACGGGAAAAUGCCUCUGUAUGCUGCUGACAAAUUCCCAAUUGCGAACCAGAAGGCUUCGCUACACCCCGUGCCCAAUGGAGCUGCCCUGGAAGAAGGCGCAAGCAGAAAGCAGAACAUCCUGGUGGUGAUUAAAGACCAUUCCCCAAAAAGCGCAGGAGCUAAUUCUGCCCGGACUCAUAAACGGAGGAGGAGGUUUGUGAUCAAAAAGAGCCCCAUCCUGAUAGCCGUGAACAGCUCCUUCCACAACCUGCCCAUUUUGAAAUCAGAGGACAGGAAUGACGUCAAGUGGAAAAGCCUCUACAAGACCCAAAGAGAGCGAAAGCAGAUCAUGAGAGAGACUUGCUCGAAAUACAAGAGCAACAACAAAAGGAUCAUCACACCUUAUCACGUUUCCAGGAUCUUCGUUGAAGAUAAGUACCGAAUUUUAUACUGCGAGGUUCCCAAGGCCGGUUGCUCCAACUGGAAAAGGGUCCUCAUGGUCCUUAAUGGACUGGCCUCCUCGACCAAGGUCAUACAACACAACACGGUGCAUUAUGGGAAUUAUCUGAAAAGGUUGGAUGGGUUUGAUCGCAAAGGGAUCAACCACAGGCUGAACACUUACACGAAGAUGCUCUUUGUCCGUGAACCUUUUGAAAAAUUGGUCUCGGCGUUUCGAGACAAGUUUGAGCAUCCCAACAAUUACUACCACCCGGUUUUUGGCAGACCCAUCAUUUCAAGGUACCGCGUCAAUGCCACGAAGGAGGCACUGAGGACAGGUUCUGGGGUAACCUUUAAAGAGUUCAUUCAAUAUCUUCUUGAUGUCCACCGGCCUGUGGGCAUGGAUAUUCACUGGGACCAUGUCAACAGGCUCUGCAGCCCGUGCUUGAUAGACUAUGAUUUUAUUGGUAAAUUUGAAACCAUGGAGGAAGAUGCUAACUUCUUUUUGCAUUUAAUAAAUGCGCCACAAAAUUUGACUUUUCCUAGGUUUAAAGACAGGCAUUCUGAUGAAGAGAGAACAACCACCCAAAUUACACAGCAAUAUUUCAAACAGCUCUCCCCUUCUCAAAGGCAACGUAGCUACGAUUUCUAUUACAUGGAUUAUCUGAUGUUUAACUACUCAAAGCCUUUUGAAGAUCUGUAUUGA